AAAGUUGUCCAAUCAAAAAAGUGUUUGCAACGUUACUCGUAUCGAUGUAAACAAAUGGCCACCGGCGGAAAAGCAGAAAGUAAAAUUUCUGUUGACUUUGAGGUCUUUGGAAAGGUUCAAGGUGUUUUCUUUAGAAAGAAUACUCAAAAGACAGCACAAUCACAUGGGAUAGUUGGAUGGGUAAAAAACACACCACAAGGAACUGUGCAGGGUUCAUGCCAAGGGACUGAAAGUAAAAUGAAAAUCAUGAAGGAAUGGCUCUCAAAAGUAGGAAGCAAAAAAUCAAGAAUUGAUAACUGUGACUUUAAAAAUGAAAAAAGUAUACAAUCGUUUGAAUAUAAAUCAUUUAAAAUUUCCCAUUAGUGUUAUAUGCUUUUAGUAUAUAUCUGUUGUGUAUGGAUAUCUCAGAUUAGGCAGCAUAUUAUAUAGUUGGAAAGUAAAACUGAAGUUUAUUUAUUUU